UCUGUACAGACACAGUCUGCUUUGUAAAUGCUGAACCAGGAAUCAUCAAGCCAAUUGUACUGUUACACUGUUGGAAAAUGGUGUGCAUGCAUAGUGGAAGUAUAAGCUGUGGAGAAAUAUUGUUUUUAAUAAUUUUACAGAGAAGCUGCCAGAUGUUUUUUUUUCUUCAGAUUUACAUGCAGUGGUUUAUGUUCCAGUAACUACUGAAACUGCAGUUCUGUCUCUCUCCCCAUUCAUUAGAUAGGAGACUGGUCUUGUUAACUCAAAAUAACUGCCCCGCGGUGUUAGCAAGGUGAUUGCAGAGUGGUAAGACUUGACUUUUUGUAAGUGCUAAAAAUGUAGUUAAACACUAAUUUAUGUGGGAAUAGUCACCAUGAAUGUUGAGAUACAAGGUAAUGGGUGUGACAGCUUUUUUUCUACCAUGUAAAGAAAGCAUUUUAAAGCUAAAAUGCACUGAGUUAAUACCAUGAUGGUUUCAGUUGAUACUUUGCUUAUGUGCUGCAUAUCCCCGAGCAAAUCAAGCGAGACACUAAAUAUGGGCCCGGCUGGGGCAGCUGCUUGCUUUGCCUAGCUGCUAAUCCAGCCUUUUCUGAAAUAUCACUUCAUACUGUCAGUUUCCUUUCCUCUGAGAAGGUGGUUACUCGCAUGGACAUCAAAUUGUGGUUGUCAAUAUUUUCUUAAAAAAGUCUGCAGGAACACAAACACAGCAGGAAGUACAAGGGAGGUCAAGCAUGGCAACAGGUCAAAACACUGCAGUUAUAUUGCAGCACAGAAAUGCUCAAAUGUUUCAAUUUUGCAUGUAGCUGAAGUUGUUUAACAUUUACUCUGUCAUAUUUAACUGCAGCUGCUCAUUGUGAACGCAGUAACAAAUGUGACACAAAGAUGGCUGAAGAAAUCAAAGAAAAAACUGGCAACAGUGCAACCCAGAGCCAAAGGAGCCUCCUUUGCCUCAUCUGUGUUUAACCUGAUGAAUGCGAUCAUGGGCAGCGGUAUACUGGGACUAGCUUAUGCAAUGGCUAGCACUGGAAUAGUUGGUUUUUGUAUCUUGUUGCUGCUGGUGUCCAGCCUGGCAGCAUACUCUAUACAUCUCCUGCUAAAGCUUUGUGACCAAACAGGCAUCAAUUCAUAUGAGGACCUUGGAAGGAAAGCCUUGCGAAAACCAGGAAAAGUUCUGGUUGGAAUUGCUAUUCUCAUCCAAAAUAUUGGUGCCAUGUCAUCCUAUUUGUUCAUCCUGAAGUCGGAGCUUCCUGCAGCCAUCAGCAGCCUCCUGAGCCCAGACAGCACAGGAAAUGCCUGGUAUGAAGAUGGCAGGCUGCUUCUGAUCCUGGUGACACUUUGUAUUGUUCUACCUCUGGCAAUGUUGCCCAAAAUUGGCUUCCUUGGCUACACCAGCAGUCUCGCCUUCUUCUUCAUGCUGUACUUCGCCGUUGUGAUCGUCGUGAAGAAAUGGUCCAUCCCCUGCCCGCUGCCUCAUAAUGUGACCACCCUCUCAAGUGCCUUCCAGAUAUCAAAUUCGUCUGACUCAGAAUGUUCACCCAAACUUUUCAUCAUCUCCAGUAAGAGCGCCUACGCCAUCCCCACCAUGGCCUUUUCCUUUCUGUGCCACACGGCCAUCCUGCCAAUCUACUGCGAACUGGACCGUCCUUCCAAGGCCAGGAUGCAAAAUGUUUCGAAUAUCGGCAUCAGCCUCAGCUUCCUGGUUUACCUCAUUUCUGCGCUGUUUGGCUACCUCACCUUCUAUGCCCAUGUGGACUCUGAGCUGUUGCUUGGCUACGAUACAUACCUGCCUCGAGACAUCCUGGUGAUGACGGUUCGGUUGGCCAUCCUCAUCUCUGUGCUGCUCACCGUACCACUAAUACACUUCCCUGCCCGUAAGGCUGCCAUCUUGCUGCUGUUUGGAGGACGAGCCUUCUCCUGGCUCAUCCACGUCAUCACAACUCUAACCAUCCUCAGCGUGGUGCUGAUUCUGGCAAUCUUUGUGCCUGAUAUCAGACAAGUGUUUGGAGUAGUAGGAUCAACCACAUCCAGCUGCCUGUUAUUUGUUUUCCCGGGAAUCUUCUACCUCAAGAUCAGCAGCCAACCUCUCAGAUCCAUGGACUCUAUCGGGGCUAUAUUUCUUGUGGUCUUUGGCUUGAUUAUGGGUGUCAUCAGUUUGUCUGUCAUUGUCCUCACAUGGGUGAAAAGCUCCUAACCUCCUCUGGGCCCCUCAAUCCCAAAUCACAGGCAAAGGAAGGGAAAUGCUCACCAAAGAAACUGAAUCCUGAACAAAGAAAGGGAACGAAUGCUAACCAGCAUCUCCUCAGGCACUAUCUUUAUGGUAAAGUUGUUCUCAACACUAGUUCAAUGUUUUUUCUAAGUCAGAAACACAUCUUCUAUAUGGUGACUUUUAGACUACCAAAUUCAUUUUUUUAAAAUCAUCCUUGAACAAAAGAUGAGUGACAUUUACUGUGUUAUUUUGUAUUUUUCUAUGUGGAUGACCAUGCACUUUAUGUACAACCAGGUACAAGUGUUUGAAAAUGUUGUUGACCACGCCUGAACCAUAAAUGUACCAAAUGUAUUGCUUUUUAAAAUUUUGUUUAAGACAUACUUUCACAGAUACAUUUUGAUACAUUUUUAUGCUUUAAUUUGUGGCCAAAUGUUUUAUUCACUUUAAUGAUUUGAAAUUUAAGCAUCUUGUUUUCAUCCUUUUAUUCAUGCAUUGCUUUUUCUCCUAUGUGCCAAGCUUCAGGUAUGAAUAUUUCUGCAACUUUUCCUUCCUCAAUGAAUGUGAUAAAACCUAAAUGAGUACUGUAAAAUCAUUUUUUACUUUUCUAAUUACUGACAUUGAAUAAAAGAGAUUGUUUAUCUAA